AACUCAUGAAAGCUACACCAAGAAAAGCCAACCCUUUUCCCUCAGAGGCAAAAAAGAAAAACAAAAAUUGAAUCUUUCAUCUUCAAACAUCCAUAAUUUGGAUUAUUAUUUUUUAUUUUUGAUUCAAAAAGCCAGGUUCAGUGAUUCAUCUUAUUCAACUCAGUGUCUCAAGUACAGGUUUUCCCUAAAAGUCCAAGGACGACCCAAAAAACCUCCUUGUUUUUUUUUUUUGUUUUUCUGUAAUUGAUCAUCAUUUUCAUCAUCUUCCUCCUCUCGAUCUUAAACACAGAACCCAAUUCUGAUUCCCAAAUUCACUGAUUCCAUUUUCUCAGGAAUCCGAAUCCGCAUCCCUUUCCGGGUAAAAUCGGAAUCUAGUUCCCUGGUAAAAUACAAAAUGUUGGAAAAAUAAGUUGAUUGUGAUUGGAUCCACUGGAUUAUUUCUCGUGAUUGUGGGAACUUUGCUAGGGAGCUGGCUCUGUGGAGCUUCUUAGCGGUUGAGGAGAACAAGAAGAAUUUGAAGCGUUCGAGAUCCCUAUCGCCUUGCAAUAACAUGCCUUUGACUGAUACCACAACUACACAGGCUCUUGAUGACUGCAUUCUUUUCCCACUUGAAGAGAUAGUUCAAUCCCCUGUGCCUGGAUAUGUAGCGCCCACGUCAAUCAGCUUCAGUCCUGAUGAUAGUUUGGUGACUUAUUUGUUUAGUCCCGAUCACACGUUGAGUAGAAAGGUUUUUGCAUUCAAUCUCAAGACUGGCAAACAAGAAUUGGUGUUUAGUCCACCAGAUGGGGGACUCGAUGAGAGUAAUAUAUCUGAGGAAGAAAAAUUAAGGAGAGAGAGGUUGAGGGAGCGAGGAUUGGGAGUGACACGGUAUGAAUGGGUGAAGACUUGCCUGAAGAAGAAAGCAAUAAUGGUGCCUUUACCUGGCGGGAUUUAUUUGCAGGAGCUUGCUUCCUCAGUACCAGAGCUCAAACUUCCAGGCACAUCAUGCUCUCCAAUUAUUGAUCCAUAUCUCUCCCCUGAUGGCACGAUGCUUGCUUAUGUAAAGGAUUCUGAGUUACAUGUUCUGAAUCUCUUAUACAAUCAAGGAAAACAAUUAACAUUUGGCGCGAAAGGAAGCUUGUUAACUCGUGGUCUUGCUGAAUAUAUAGCUCAGGAGGAGAUGGAUCGAAAGACUGGGUAUUGGUGGUCACUUGACAGCAAGUAUCUUGCAUUCGCACAAGUUGAUUCUUCUGAAAUACCACUUUUUAGAAUUAUGCACCAGGGGAAAAGCUCAGUUGGGUCAGAUGCACAGGAAGAUCAUGCUUAUCCUUUCACAGGAGCUUCAAAUGUCAAAGUACGCCUUGGGGUUGUGUCUGCAGCUGGAGGUCCAAUCACAUGGAUGGAUCUUCUGUGCGGAGGGGCAGAUCAACCUAACCAUGAGGAGGAAUACUUAGCUCGAGUGAAUUGGAUGUAUGGAAAUAUUCUCAUAGCUCAGGUUUUGAAUAGAUCACACACUAAGCUCAAGAUUCUUAAGUUUGAUAUCAAGACAGGUCAAAGAAAAGUUUUAUUGGUCGAAGAGCGAGACACAUGGGUUAAUUUACACGAUUGUUUUACACCUCUAGAUAGAGGCAUGUCAAAAUUUUCAGGAGGAUUUAUCUGGGCUAGUGAAAGAACCGGUUUCAAACAUCUAUAUCUGCAUGAUGCUAGUGGAAAUUGUCUAGGCGCAAUAACCCAAGGUGAUUGGAUGGUUGAGCAAAUUGCUGGGUUAAUGAGGUGAAGUCUUAUAUACUUUACAGGAACUCUAGAUGGACCCCUAGCUAACCUAUACUGCACAAAACUAUAUCCAGAUGGAAACCCUGCUUUGCAGGCGCCUGUGAGGUUGACCAAUGGAAAGGGAAAACAUGUGGUUGUGCUCGAUCAUCGUAUGCAGAACUUCAUUGAUAUUCAUGAUUCUGUUGAUUUUCCUCCUAGGAUUUCAUUAUGCUCCUUGAUUGAUGGAAAGGUAAUCAUGCCUGUAUAUGAGCAACCAUUGACGAUACCGAGAUUGAAAAGGCUUCAGCUUGAACCUCCUGAGCUUGUUCAAAUACAGGCAGAUGAUGGGACUGUAUUAUAUGGGGCUUUGUACAUGCCUGAUGCAAAAACGUGUGGGCCUCCACCCUACAAAACCUUAGUCAAUGUCUAUGGUGGUCCUGGUGUACAGCUUGUUUGUGAUUCGUGGAUAAAUACAGUUGACAUGAAAGCACAGUAUCUACGAAGCAGAGGCAUUUUAGUAUGGAAGUUAGAUAACAGGGGAACUAGCCGACGUGGACUAAAUUUUGAAGGCACUUUUAAACAUAAGUUUGGCUGUAUUGAUUGCCAGGAUCAAGUGACGGGGGUUGAAUGGCUCAUCAAACAAGGGCUAGCAGAAGCUGGCCAUAUUGGGGUAUACGGUUGGAGCUAUGGAGGUUAUCUCUCAGCCAUGAUGUUGGCCAAGUUCCCUGAUCUUUUCCAAUGUGCUGUCUCUGGUGCCCCUGUUACGUCCUGGGAUGGAUACGACACAUUCUAUACAGAAAAAUACAUGGGAUUUCCUACAGAACAUACUGCAGCUUAUGGGCAUAGCUCUGUGAUGCACCAUGUGCAUAAAAUGAAAGGCAAAUUGUUAUUGGUGCAUGGCAUGAUUGAUGAAAAUGUCCAUUUUAGACAUACUGCAAGGCUUGUUAAUGCACUUGUGGCAGCUGGAAAGCCCUAUGAACUGUUGGUUUUCCCAGAUGAACGCCACAUGCCACGUCGCCAUAGGGACCGGAUUUAUAUGGAAGAGCGAAUCUGGGAAUUCAUUCAGAGGAGCUUGUGAGGUAAAUGCCUGUCUAUAUGCCAUAGAUUGUUGUUGUUCCAUUUUGGUGGGUAGGGAAGUUUGUGAAAAAAAUUGUUAUUUUAAUUGGGAGUUGAAUCAUUUUACCUCAUUUUAACAUUUUCCACUCUGGAAUAACCUACAAUUUUCCCAUCGCGCAUCCAUCAUCACGUUGUUUUGUAGAAUUCGUAUGUAUUGAGUUGCUUCGUAUAGUUUUGUGAAGCUAGAGCUACAUAAAGGAAGGAUGUAGGCCAUCCACAACUAGUGUUGAAAACUUAUUUAGCAGUUUA